AAUUCAUUCAUCUUCCUUUCUUUCCAUCACGCAUCAUCAUCUUCCCAAAUUGAAAGCGAACCCUAGACAAGUUCCGCCGCCUUCCGAUAAAUCUGUCUUCUUGUUUAUUUGUUGUGUUCACAAAGUAACAAUGUCUUACGACGACGUGGAGAUUGAAGAUAUGGAAUGGAACGAGGAGUUACAGUCAUACACGUAUCCAUGUCCAUGUGGAGACCUGUUCCAGAUCACGAAAGAAGAUCUCAAGCUUGGCGAAGAAAUUGCUCGUUGCCCUAGUUGCUCUCUCUACAUCACCGUUAUCUAUAAUAUGGAAGAUUUUACUGCCGAUUCUAAUAAGGCUCUUCAGCCAUCCAAACAACAACCCGUUACCGUUGCUUGAAUUUCAGAAGUCCUGAAAUGGUGGCAGCAAUAGAUUUUUUUCAAGACUUUGAUAUAUCGUAGCAGUGAACAUCUGGUUUUGCAGAUAGGAAUUGAAUUCUUGGUUUUGCAGAUAGGAAUUGAAUUCUUGGUAUUCUGGAGGAACAAAAGAGAAGUGAGUAGUAUGGGAGAUUAUGUAGUACAUCAAAAUUACCAUUGUCCAUUGUUAAUUAGAUUAUUGCUAGAGGGAGCCAAGAUUUUUGUUUUUGUUUUUUUUUUUAUUUUUUUUUUAUUUUAUUUUUAUAAAAGAAGUUUGCCAUUGAACUCAAUCGUGCUUUAAAAUGGUACCAGAAUUAUGUUAAAUUACGAAACAAAUCGUUGUAGUAGCUGUUGUAAUGGCUCUUCUUUACGCAUUUAUAGUUACUCUAUUGAACAA